GAUUUUUUUACGUAAUAACUCUGCCGAUUUUGAUGCGCAAUCUACCGAAUAAUUGCUCAAAUCCUUAAAUAGUAUAUUUAUGAUGUAAUUCACCGAAACACAAGAAUACAGCAUUCCUCCCCGCUCCAGAAUUUUGAUUUGGUGCAGUCCAGCGGGGUCCUCAAAUUUUUAAACAGCUGGAUUUCAGCAUUUGCUGCAACUCGCGUUCCACUCUUCCGCAGUUUUCAUAAACGAGUGGAGCUCAAUAGCUCAAACAAGGUGCGGCCCUCUUCAAUUUUCAAUGACCAGCAAGUUUUUACUUUUUGAUUUCAUGUCUACCGGAAUUACCGAAACAUUUCGCAUAAAUCUACCGAGGGACAGAAUCUGGCAACACUGCUCGUAACCAUCGUGUAUAAUCCGUCCGUGUUUAUCUUUUGGAUUUUGUAUCCUUUUUGUGAUUUUGGAAGUACUACGCGAUGGUACUUUGGUACUGCCACAAGAACACUAAGGACCACGCACUUAUAUGGGGGAUGCACUAUUAGCAAAAAAUCGACAGAAACAGACUAGGAAAAAGCGCUGUCCACUUGCUGAUGUUACAGGAUAUGGCGGGAGUGAUACAGGACCAGUGCUAAACAAGGUGGAGUGGAAGACGAUACGGCAGUGUAUGCAGCCUCGCUGGCCGCCGGCGUUUGGAGUCCGAUCACGAGAGCUGUACGCAUUUACCAAUUAG